AUGGCGAGACUCACUGACGAUGCCGACUACGAUGCAGGCGAAACGUCUGGGAAUGUACCAAGUUCACGUUCAGAUGAUGAUCAUGCAUACAAUGAACUCUGGACUAGACUUGGCCAAUUACUACUCUCCGUGAUAAACAGUCCCCGCAGGUUACUAAUCCACCGACUUCGCCUGUGGGCACUCAUCUCUCCGCACCUUCAAGCCACUUGCUGUCUUCCCAACCUCGUCUCCACCACUGUCAAUCCUAAUAUUAAUACGAUCUUCCAGGUCGGUCGCGUUGACGCCCUUGAUCAGUUUCAUGGAUUUCAGCUCGCUUCAACCGCCUCAUUUGGCUCGCUACGGUCAUCCAGAUUUGCAUCAAUGACGCCGCCUCCAGAUCGGCUCACUGCUCCGCCAGGCAACGCUACUGCUGCCGAUGUUGUAGUCGGUGGUGUUUUGGGUACAGAUCGUCUUCUGAUCAGCCAAAAGGCCCUGACCUGUCUGCACGAGGCAAUCUUGGCCAUGAUUACUGUCCACCCAGAAUAUCCACAUUUUCACGUCAACGAGGCCUUCUGUAAACCCCUCGAGGCCUUGGUGCAGUUGGGUGAGACCUGGCUCUUCUGA